CCUCCAUCAUGUCCCUUCGCAUCCAAGGAACUAUGCCAUGUACGUUCAUUCAGUCACAGACCUCUUCUCGCAGCCAACCUUCGAAUUCGUACAGCCCAGUAGACGACGACGCACACAUUUUCAACGGACACAGACACCACCGACGGCGCGCGCACGUACAGUACGGUAUACGUUUGGGCUGCUGCGCCUCACCAUUUACGAGCACCGUCACCCAUCCACCCAUCCAUCGACGGAGCCCUUGCCCCUGGACCUGAAGUCUCGGCCUUGGAAGAAUCCCAAACAGGGUUUUCGCUGCUUCACCGGCCUGCAGUCUUGACCCCUCUUACAAGCUCGAAGCCACCUUGCCAUUGCCUUGUCACGUUUGGGUGCGGGCGCGGGCUUGGGCUUGGGCGUGGCUGACAGUGGUGACCGAUUGCUUUCGUUGUUUCGAAACUCGGACCGCUGGCUGCUCUACCUGCUGCUGUUAAUGCCCGUUACUACCGAGAUACCCACAUCCACACAAAAUAUACUACAUACCACGCACAACCACUAGCGGAAGAGGCGUGCAUAGCAUCUACAACCGCCUUGGCCCACGACUUAGUCCUGGUGGAGGUUCGCUUGUGCGGCAGCCCGCUUUGUAGAUACCUCGUCCAGCUCGGAAAACAGUCUCCUAAACAAGCUGGCUUGGUCCAGGAAGAACAAGUUCCUAGGUCAGCUACACCGUAGCAUGACCUCGAAAUUCUCGUCUCCGUCGGAUCGCGACAGCUCCACCGGCGGCGGCCAGCAAGCUGCUUUUUCCUCGUCCUCCGCUCGGCAGAGCAGGGACGGGGCGGCUUCCCAUGUUGGUCGUCCCAGACCUUCUACCGCUACUUCCCGCGGCGGCUUCGCCAGUGAGGAACGGUCGACACGGGAUGGGGUGACCGACUACGUGUAUGAAGAAGACGCCGACAAGGAAGCAGAAGAAGCACGACACGGCAGCAAGAGUGGAAGCGAUGUUGAGGUUGAAGAUAUCACGGACGCGCCGCCAUCACCAAAAUCGACACCAAACAUUAACAAGCCACCAGAAAGUCCACCACCUCCACCACCAAAACACGAUAAGAAGACCCUACCCGGAGACCCAGCUUAUGUUGCGCCCAUAGGCAAGAUUGGGCCAAUAGGGAGCAUUCCCAAAACUCCUUCCCGCAGCAAUAGCGAAAAGGGCGGCAUCUCCGUCUCUCCCUCCUCGCGCCCCCAACUCCCUGCCUACAUCGGCUCCUACCUCAAAGGCAAAACCGUCGACGAAUACGGGGACAUCAUCGAUCCCCAAACGGGCACAAUUCUCGCUCACGCCGGAGGCGAUUUACCUUCGAUUGUGGGCAGACAAGUGUCCAACGACCAGGGGGAUAUCUUGGGAGAAGAGGGGGAGUUGCUGGGAUAUGUGGCUGAUGUUGAGGUUGGGAAGAAGACUGCUUCUCCCGAGGGAGCAGCACCCAAACCGAUCAUGAGUCUUGCAGAGAUUAUGAGCAGAAACAACACGGCGUUGAUGGUGGAUCAUGACGGCAAUAUUUUGGACGCGCAGGGGAAUGUGGUGGGAAAGUUUUUGGAUCAUAACAAUCCUGUGCAUAAGGAGAGGCAAGAGAAGGAGGAGAAGAAACAGGAACAGAAAGGAGAGGGGAAGGGGAAGGGGAGGGAGAGAGAGGAGGAAGGGGGGAUACCUGUGCCACAGUAUGAAGAGGCUGACAAGGAUGAGAAAGAGGGAGCUGCCGAGGAAGAGCCGCAACGUGAACAAUCAAGACCACCGAGGAGAACGGAAGAAGAGAGGAGGGCCAACGCGGCUGCAUGGAGAAAGGAGAAACCGGGGGAGAGCCCCUCGGAUAUCUUUCUGGAUGUCAAGUCGACGACAGAGGGGAUUCAGUUGACGAUUAGGAUUCCCACUGUGUUUGGGAAUGGGCAGCAGUUGAAGCCAAACAUUUCGUUCUCUUGAGCAGCAUUGUACGGGCUACUUUGUCAAAAAUUGGAUGAGAGCGGGCGUUAUGGGAGUUUGAAAGUCUGAUUGAUGUAAUGGUCAAAAGGGAACAGAAGCACCAAAAGUUAGCAGUACCUGUACAUGCGGCAACUUUACGAAUAGUUACAGAACAAAACAUGACCUUAGUCAAGGUAGGUAUGUAAACCCAUGUAGAAUCAACGUAUAUCAGUGGGGCCAGGGCAACGACGGGCGGUCCCCCUUCCAGCUCCAGCUUCUUCAGAUCUCC